UUCAAAGCCAUCAACUUAUUAACCACUCAGUGUCCAACCUCCAUCCAACCUCUCUCAAUCUCUUAGUCCUUUGAAACCCCCCACCAGUUGCAUCAGUCACCGCCAAUAUGAGCUUCGGAAAGCUUUACUGGUACCCCAAGGCGCCCCGCGCCACGCAGUGUCUCUACAUUGCCGAGUACAACAAGCUCGAUGUGGAAUACGUCGAAGUAUGGCCCAUCAAGGUCGACUCCAGCAAGGGCGGCGUCGGCGAGGAUUACCUGUCCAAGUUCCCGCCCGGAAAGGUGCCGGCAUUGGAACGACCCCGUGGCUUCACGCUGUUUGAGUGCAUCCCGGUGUCCAUAUAUCUCGCCAAGCAAGACCCCAACACAAAAUUGCUCGGCUCAACCUUGGAGGAAGAAGCGACAAUCCUGAAGUGGGCAUCAUUCGCCAACAGUGAACUCCUUCCCCCCAUCAUGGCCUGGAUCAACCCCGUCAUCGGCAAGAGCCCCUCCUCGCCCGAAAUCCUCGCCGCGGCCGAGAAGAACAGCGAAGGCAUGGUCAGCGUCGUCGAGAAGGCGUUGACGGGGAAGCAGUUCCUCGUCGGCGACCAGCUGACUAUUGCGGAUUUGUUUAUGAUUGCUGCUAUUGCUCGGGGGUACCAAUUUGUGUUUGCAAAGAAGUGGGCUGCUGCGCACCCGGCUAUACAUCAGUGGUACAUGCGCAUUAAGAGUGAUGACAUUUGGAAGAAGAUUGAUGGCGAGCCAUACGUUUUGGAUGAGGUUGGUGGCAAGCCGAGUUAG